UGUGUAUGUGUGUCAAUGCCGGGCUCUGCUGCUCCUUCCGUGUCUCUCCUCCCCUCUCUUCCAGCACCAACAGUUAACAGACCGGUACACACACCCACAUAGUGUGUCCCUCUCUUCUGAAAAUUUUUCUCAGGCCCUUCUCUCCAUCUGGAGUCAAGAGAGACUUGCUUACGUCAGCCGAGGGAGAAAAAAAAUUUUUUGUCUUUUCCAGAUCUUUUUUUUCCACCAGAUAGAAGGAAUACAGGAGAAGGAAGUGAAGAAGAAGAAGACGGCGAAACCAAAGGCGGAACCAGAGGAGAAGCCAAACAAGAACAGUCGAAUUCAGAGAACAGCGCCGGUCCGAUGAAGAAAGACACCUACUCGCUUUCGUUUGCCGCCGGAGGACAAGUCCGUGCGCACUUGAACAGGAUCUCCAACGACGGACACUACUCCAUCUCCUUCUUCAACAGCCACAUCACAGUCUACUCGGUGACGUCGAGACUCGCCAUCAGGUCGUUUCACUCAUUGGAGCCUCUUGUGUUUGACGACAUCGUUGACACGUUCCUGUCACCGGUGAACCCGAACCUCGUGUACAUCCUCUCAGGCCGCUCGGAGGAAGGCUUCCACCUGACCAUCCUCAACUGGUACGACAACGUGAAAAACCCGGUCGUCUCGAGCAUCUGUCUGGAGCUCCCUGCGCAGGCGACGGAGUUUCUGAGAAUAAUCAAUUUCAACUCGAACAACGAGACACUGCCCAACCUCUUGGUGAAGAACCAAAAACACAGCUACUCAAUUGUGUCGUAUGAUCUGAACACCUCAGCCGUGUCGAAGGUCAUCAAGAACAUCGACAAUGUGGCCUUCUACGCCCUCUCGCCAAACCGCAAGAACAUGGCUUUUGCCAUGAAGAAGAAGAGCUCGGCGUUCAAGGUGUUGACCUUUGACGACGACAACGACUCCAAACUCGCAUACUACAGUGUAAACUACUCAAACAACAAGUACACCCCCGUGAACCUUGCCAUCUCGAACGACCAAGCCAACCCGCUUCUUGCCUUUGGCACAGCCAGUGGCGCCAUAGUGCUUCUCUUCGAGUUGUCCUCGCAAACCCCUCCCCAAAGAAUUUUGAAAUGGCACAUCGGCGCACCAAAGACCCUUACCUUCAACCCGGACUCAACCUAUCUUCUUUCAGGUGGUGCAGAAAAGGUCUUGGUGUUUUGGAACAUUUUGAACGAAAAGCAGCAGUUCUUGCCACGUCUCAACGGUAUAAUCGAAAACAUCUUCUUCAAUUCCAGUGUUCCUUCUCUCAUUGGCUUAUCUCUCAAUGUCAUCGACGGCGAUAUCCAGUACUUGAUUCUGGGUACCACAGAUCUACUAUCGAAGUUGGACAUCAGCACCCCUCAUCUCUUCUCAGGAAUGAACAAGGAUAAUUACCUCAAGAAAAAUCUUCUCAAGGAUUUGCAUUCCUUCGAGAAAAGCAAACAAUCCACCCGUUUCAAACACCCAUAUAGACUCGACUUCAGAAUCCACCCAAAGAGUAAUCAUUUAUAUCUCCCAUCAGGAAGACAUCUGCAAGUUUUCGACUCUUUACAUAAUUUACAGGUUGACAAUAUCGCAGUGGCACCAGCCAUCCAACAAUAUGGUAAAGUUGGGGCUGAAAACAAAAUUCAGGAUCCAAUGGUCAUAGGCUCCGAAUUUAUCUUUUGCUCUAAAACAAAUGACAAAGAUUGGCUAGUGACAUGUGACGCAGAAAUCAGAGGUGAGGCCGAAGAUUUGACUGAUGACAGUAUUGAGCAUUGGGAAACUCUGAGAUUUUGGAAGUUUUCCGGAAGUACUGAUUCAUGGACUCUACAGACCAAGAUGUUACGUCCGCAUGGCGAUUACCCAAUCACCAACAUCGCACCAGCUCCUGAGAGCUACUUUGGUGGUGAAGCUGUCUUGACUGCAGACUCCCGUGGUAACGUCAGAUUGUGGAGACCAAACUCGCAAGGUAUUUGGUCUCUAAGAAAAUUUUACUCAAGUGGAUCCGAAAAUGCAAUGAACAACUCUGACACAGAAAUCAAGAAAAACAAACCAUUGGUGAAUAUUGCCAACAAGGAAGGCACCACUUGCGCAUGGUCCCCGGACAGUAGUAUGAUCGCCGUUGGUAGAGAGGGGAAAGUUGUGUUAUUAGAUGUCAACAGUUUUGAAGCCAUACAUACGAUUUCUCCUGCUAUCUCUGCCUCGAGAUUCCAUAGUCAUGCAUCAAUUGGCGAACCAGAAGAAGGCGAGAAGAAGGCGGGCUCCCCCGGACUUCCGAUCCAUUCCAAAACACGGUGUAUUGAUUUGAAUCUUCAAGACAGCCAUAUUAUUUCGGUAAACUUUACAUCAAACGGAAAGCUAUUGAUUGUUGAGACACGCAGUCAUUUGACUGUAAUUGACAUAUUAAAAAAUACCACAGUUUUUGGUCUGAUUCUUGGGGGUGGAAAUAACUCUGGGUUUGGCGGUUCGCUAAUCAAGGUCACACCACGGAAGAAGUCCGAGAUCAGUGUUGGAGAUUCCACAGAUUUGGAAAACGAUACCACAGACGAGCUUCUCAUUAUCGGCAAGUAUUUUACCGAGGAGAAAAAAGUUUUUUCAAAAAUAACGUUAUGGAAUGUUUCUGACAAGAAGUCGACUAUAACAUGCAAGUGGUGUCACCUACACGACGCUGCUAUUCUCGGUGCAGAAUGGUCUGAAACAUGGCAAGAGUGGAUUUUGGCAGAUAUGAACUCCAACUUUGGUGAGCUUGGCUUCGGCAAGUCCUCUGCCAGAAAAUCGCUCACCAAGGAGUCUGAGAACAAACAGACUGACAACUGGAUCGUGUCCAGCUUGCUAGAUAAUGCCAGAAUUGUUAACCGUGCUGCUACAGCAGCUAAGGACAGGGUAAAUCUCCAGUUAGACGGCACAGAAGAAUUUAACGAUAGACAGGGUCUACAGGGCAAUGCUUUUGAUGGCAUACUCGACCACCUUGAAGGUAUAAGUGUAGAAACCUUGUUUGACAGAGUGCUCAGGGUGGUAUAGAUUAGAUAGUACGUUUAUGUAGUAUAACCUAAUGAAUUGUAUUCGACCUGAAC